AUGUACGAUCAUCCCUAAACAGGUUUAAUGGAAGCUCAUUCAUUCAAUUUAGAUUGUUUAUCUUAAGAUAUACAUCAAAUCAAAUAAACACUAUAAGGUUGGACAUCAAUUUUCAGUCAAUUGAUGGAAAUCACAAUUGAUACCCAUAAGUAGAAUCAAUACAAUGUAAAUAUAUUAUCUAUAUAUAUAUAGGCAUCUUUAUUAUAGUAGAUAAUAUAAACUCAAUAACGUAAACACAAACAUUCUUAACCAAAAGAUCAAAUUAAAUUGUCUCCAAUAAGACCAAAUAAAACAGAACCAGAUGAAAUUAUUAGACCAGAUAACUUUUCUAAAAUAUUUAAUAACCCUAAGAAAGUAAUCAAAUAAUCAUAAAUCCUUUAGAUUUCUAUAAUGCAGCUUUAAGGAACACCAUUUGAUUCAGCAUUUGAAAGCAUCAAUAAAGAACUUGAAGAACCUUAUAGAGAAGAUCAAUAUCUUUCUGUACCUAAAUCUAUGCAGAUGUCAGUUGAUUUAAACAAACAGAAGAAAAAUCAAUAGAUUGAAUUGUAAUAACCUUAAAGUGCAAAAAAUACAUAUGAAAAUAAGCAAUUUGCUUUUAAUACUAAAGUUAUUCGAUCUUAAGAUAUCAAAGCCAAUAAAGAGAAUCAUUAACAUCAUUUUUCUAUGAAUAGACCAGAUUCUAAACGUACUCUUGAUUAACCAUAAUUAUCAACGGUUGUUGAAGAAAAUUAAUCCCCUUGUAUGAGUCCAUAUGAAAAUAAUUUUAGAUGUAUUUCUUCCUUCUAUUAUAGAUUCCAUUGCUUAAUCUCAUAGAUAAUAUGAAUAAUGUAGUACGGCUAAAACAUCUUAAAAUAGUUAGAGACCAUUAAAUUAUUUUCAAUAAUAAUAAUAAUAACAAUUAUCAGAAAAUAAUAGAUCCUCUUCUAAAUCUUGCUAUGGAAAUCAAUAAGUUUAAGUUCUUUCCAAUAAUAAUAAUAUAAUAAACUAAUAAUAACAGAUUCCCUAAUAAUCAAAUUCCUAAAAUCCAUUUUUAAAUAACCUAAAUAAUGUUAGCACUAAAAAUAUUAAAUAAGUACCUACUUCUAACAAUAAUAUUCCAUUUAAAUAGUAAUUUGAAAUUAUGAAUCAAGUAAAUUAAUAUUAAUAAUUUAGAUUUCAAAUUAAAGAGCUAAAAGUUACAGUGAGUAAAAUUGUAAAAAGUAAUUGAGUAAACGUUGUUUAGAUAUUGAUGUGCUUGAUAAAUAGUAUGAGACUAGUUAAGAGUUAAUUUGGAAAGCCUAAAGGACAAAAAAAUGA